GUUUCUACAGACUAGGACUGUAGACAGCAGCGCAUCUUGGCUGCAGAGGUUGUAGAGACGUGUGUGAGAGACAUGUUGUUAAAUAAGACUGCGCUGCUGAGUAAGUUUUAUGUACAGGACCAUCCGUCUAGGCGUAAGAAGAUUCUUCAAGAUACAAGAAAAUGUAAACGACAUUGCGUAGUUAUCUUUUUUUAAAUGUAUUGAUUGUACUGCCAACUGACUUUUUCGCACGAACUGGAUAAAAAGUGACAGCUAUAACUCUUUUCUUCCCGCGACUUGCCUCCGAGCGCUGAAAAGAAAGCUGGUAAAACCACAGUCUCCCUGUUGCUUUACGAAGAUACAUGUUGAGUAGAGGAGUGAAGCGUAAACUAGAAGACGACGAAGAGAUCAUGGCUGCUGAAACGUCAGGUGCCUUUGAUUCCAGCUCAUCGUUACCUUAUCCACAGCAGAGACAGCUGGUCCUCAACAUGUGCCUGAGUAAACUGCAGAGCUGCCACAUGAAAGUGGAGCCGAGCCUUCACCGUUCAGUUCUGCUUGCAAACACUUUAAGGCAGAUCCAAGAAGAAAUGCGGCAAGAAGGAGGAGAGUCUACACUAGCGGCCAUAUAUGAUGGAAGCUCCUGCACCUACAAUGGCGGAAAUCCUCCAGCAACACCUGCACAUAACCCUGAACUGCAUAGUUUGCUACUUGAAAGCCCCGUUUAUCCUAAUAAUAGCUCAGUGACCGACAAUACCAUGUCAUCUUCGGUUUCUGCCAUUUUACGAGAGGCUGGAUUUGUGGAGGACGUGAACCCAGCUCCAGCUUGUCUAGGAUGUUCUGACAGUGAGGAGCUGUGCUUCUCAAGCUCUCCCUCUUACGAGAAUGAUGGUGACGAGCAGCCUGUGGACUCAAGAUCCUCCGACUCCCUCUUUGGUUCAUUUGAAAUUAGUAAUUCUACCAGCUACCUUACAGACCUUGCCCUGGACGACAUCUUUGAGGACAUUGACACCUCUAUGUACGAUUCCUCGGACUUUUCAACCGUCAUGUCCUUUCCGGUUCCACGGUCUCCAGUCUCUUCUUCAGAGGACACUAUGAAAUCCUUUCCUACGUGCAUCUCUCCCUCCUCGAAUGGCAUUCAGAUAUGUAUUACAGACUUAAAUGAUCUGGACCACAUUAUGGAAAUCCUGGUGGGCUCAUGACGUUUGCUAAUUGGAAAUGUUCACAUAUAUUUAUUUUUAUACCAAUUGGUUGAAAUGCAAAUAAAAAAGGAGAACCGGCCCGCCUUUCUAAAAGGUUUUUCAAACGAGGCUUGGGGGCCCAGUUGGUGCAUUUUGAAGAGACAGAAGAAGAUAGUAUUACUUUGUGGAGUAUUUAUAUUUAUUAUGAAAAUGUUUUAUUUUAAAUGAACUGUAUUUUUUAUUUAGUUUAAGAGACUAAAUUUAAAAAAAAAUGAUAUAUAUAUUGAAAUACCGCAUAAAAUGAGACUUGUAUUAAAAAUGAAGAAAAAAAAAAUCUUAACUUUUUCAAAUGUUAAAUGAACUUAUUUAUUUUUAUAAUUUUUAUUUUUGAGAUUUCUACAUUUUAAAGUGCAUCUUUUAUUCACUUGAAAUGGUCGUGUGUCGAGGCAGACAGGCAUGCCUAGUUCAUUCAGCUGACACUACCUCUUCAGACUUGUAAUCACUUCAAGUGUGCUUGUUGUUUUGCAACUUUGGAACUUUCUGAUUGGAGAAAACGCCUUUUUAACUCUUUUUAUGAAUCCUGCAGGCUUUUUUUUUUUUUUCUUUUCGAAUUGUUUUAAAGUUAUGUUUUGAAAGAUGAAUGAAUUUUCAAGCAAGUCAGAAACUGCUUAAUGAAAUGCUCCAUCGAUUGAUUGCAAAUUAAUUUUUGAAAUCCCCCCGGUAAGUUCUUUGGGAUAUCCCAGUUUUCUCUGACGUGAAUUUUAAUAUAAGAAAACCAAAGGAAUGCCUCACAGUUACAGCCGGCCCUGCCCAGGGUUGUGUCCUGCCUUGUGCCCAGUGCUGCUGGGAUAGGCUCAGGCCUCCCGUGACCCCAAAUUUGGAUUUGCCAGGUUUGAGGAUUCACAGUUCAAUUCAGUGUUAACACACCAUUUCAGCCAUCCAUGUUCUAACCUGCUUAUCUUAAUGAAUGCAAGGUAGGAGCCAACCCUGGAUGUGGCAAACUUUUUUGCACACCCGCGUUCAUGGUAAUUUAUACUUAACUGGCAUUGUGGUUUGUGAGGAGAACUCGCGAGAUCCUAGGCCAGAUUUAUGAACCUGGUUGUGGAGCGCUAACUGCUGUGUCACAGUGCCUCCCAUUUGUGCAAAUGAGAAGAACAGAAACGACCCAUAAGCCUUUGCAUUUGGAGUACGGUAACCAGUUUCUGACUUGCUUUUUUUUAUUUUUUAUUUUUUGGAAAUGUAUGUGUACAGAGGCACUUUGCUGUGAAAGUAAAUCUAGGUGAAGCUAUUUAAUGUGUAAAGGCACAAAGUAUUGCACUCUGAUUUUGUUUGCUUUAUACGUCUGGUAGAUUUCAUAGCAAAGGAUGAAGAAUUUGUGAUAAAGAAUAAUUUAUGUGGUGCAUCUUUAACAUAAAAUCUUAAUCCGUGCCUAAAGGGAAGAGGAAUAAACACCUUGUAUUACUU